AUGCUAUUUUCUAAUGCCAACCACCACUCAUAUGGCGAUUUGCUCGUCUGCAUCCUCCUCGACAAACUCUCAGCUGAUCUGCGUCGUAACCUGGCACGACAAAGUGACGCCCCUGAGUGGGAUCUCGACACCCUUCGGAAGAGUCUGCUCAAAGAAAUUGAAAUUCUCGAAGACAGUGAGAGCUCAAUUUUCCACUCAUCGGCGCUAAAGCCUCCCAAAAAGCUCAACGUCAUGCUCAUGGGAGCAAAGCCGUCGACGAAGGAGUUUCCCCAACAAAAACUCUAUUGUCCCUUCUGCACCGGACAUCAUUGGCCCACCGACUGCGAUACAGAAAAAACUGUGGGAGAACGAAAGAGCCAUCAGGCAUCAGCCGAUUGCCCAUCCAAAUUUGGCUGUCGUGAAUGUAACCGGGCUCAUCACACCAGUCUGCACAAAGCCGACCCCUCAAGAGUUACCGAUGCUACUAUACUCUCUUGGUCUCCCCCAACGUCAGUGGUGUUAUCGAUAACAGACGUUGGAGAACAAAACUCUUUCGUAUUUUUUGAAACAGCAGUUGCCAAAGUACAGUCACAAUUCGUUAAACUUGAUGGCAACAUUUUGUUUGACAAAGGGGCUCAACCCACAUUCAUCACUUCAAAGCUUGCAAAAUUGCUGAAUCUACCAACUCUCAGACGUGAGAGCCUCAUUCUUUUCAGUUUUACUUCGAACCAUGGAGUUGCCGAACACUACGACGUUGUGCAAUUCUCUAUCAUCGAUCGUCAUGGAUCUCCCAUCGUCACAUUUGAGGUAGACAUUCUAGUAAGUGCAGACACCUAUUGGAAUAUCAUCGGUGAUCAGGUCAUUCGCGGAUCUGGCCCAACGGCAGUUGAUUCUAAAAUCGACUACCUCAUCUCUGGACAACUCCACUACUCAGGUGAAAAAAUCGAGCAGAAAACUCUUGGUCUUCAUAUCUCGGUGGAAGAAGCAUUCGAUGACACUAAAUUCUGUGACCUUGAAACCCUUGGAAUCCAGCCGGAUCUGGAAUCGACUAAAACAACCGCGUUCUAUCAAGAGAAUUCGCUCUACAGCAAAAUCAUCCAAGAACAACUGGACCGAGGCUUCAUCGAGAAGGUUCCGUCCAGCGAAAUCAGCAAGCUAUCUCACUACAUUCCUCACUUCGGAGUGUUCAAAGAAUCGGCGACUACACCCCUUCGUAUAGUCUACGAUUGUUCUUGCAAAACUCCAGCUGGAGUAAGAUUGAACGACUGCCUCGAGAUUGGCCCUCCACUACAGAACGACAUGUCGGCCAUUCUCCUCCGCUUCCGCGUUCACCCAAUUGGCUUGACAGCCGAUAUUGAAAAGGCGUUUCAUCAAGUUGGUCUACACGAACAGGAUCGAGACUUCAUGCGGUUCCUUUGGCUGAAGGACCCAUACGACUCGAAAUUCAGAUUUCGAGUUGUUUCGCUUCCGCGUGAUCCCGUUUGGUGCCAGCAGCUCGCCCUUCAUCCUCCUUUCAGUGAUUAA